AUGACAGUCACAUCCUUUCCUUCAAUCGCCUCACGCACUUUCCCUCAAGCACACUCCAUUGAAAUGAUAUCAGAACUUCUCUCCUCAGUUUUGGGGGGCUCGCAACACCUCCUCAUUUUACUCCCAACAUGGACUGCUGCGCUCUGGAUACUCUGGUAUUGCUGGAAAUUCAUCCUCAGUCCACACUUUUACAAGGACGAGCCCCCAAUAUAUCCGUACUAUAUACCAUUCAUUGGCCACCUUCGCAGCUUUAUCCAAGAUGCAGGAAGUCUUGUCAAAAAAGCCGAGAGUUGCUUUGGCGAAGGAAAGCUAUUUGGUGUACAGAUUGCGGGUAAAAAAUUAUACAUCAUCACAUCGGCGGAGGGAACCAAAGAAUUCUACCGAAAUACUACUGCCUUGGACUUUACAGCCUUCCAACUCGAUACUCUCAAGCAGUUCGGCAUGUCCCCUGCCGGCUGCAAGCUCAUGAGCAAGCACAUUCAAGGACGAACCAACGGACGCGACCGUAUCAACAUUGACUUGAUCGUCGACGUCCACCAUCGAAACCUCCAUUCUAGUGCUAAUCUUGGUCAAAUCGCCAGCCCGGUGGCAGAGUACAUAUCCAACGCACUGCGCCUAGAGACGCUGCCUGAGCAAUGCAUCAGGUUCCCUGGACCCAGGACAGAGGGGAAAGUUGUUUCCCUAUAUACGCUAUGUGAGGAGGUUAUUCUCCGGGCCAACAUUACCGGGUUCUGGGGCAACGAUCUGUUAGAUAUCGCACCGGACCUCGUUUCCACAACAAGUACACUUGACAGGCGCUUUCACAAUCUGCUUCUGCGCAUACCCCGCCUAUUAGAGCCCGAGGUUUACAAUCUACGCGAUAAGGUGCUCGACUAUUUCGACCGGUACAUGGAUAUUCCAAUGAAAGCUCGCACUUCCCUAUCCCCUCUAAUAAAGGAGCUGGAACAGACCAGUCGCGAUCUAGGCCUCAGUCAGCGCGAUAUUGCGGUUUAUCAUCUUGCGUGGCUGCUGGCGUCGAACAACAACAUCCACGCAGCAUGUUUCUGGGUACUGGCGCAUCUUGCUGAGUCGCCUGACCUAGCAAACAAAGUCCGCGAAGAGACGGCAGGCAUCGCUCGCAACGCCCUCAGCUUCAGCCCUGCCGAAGCCCUCAAAGAUAAUCAGUUGCCGUGUCUUAUGGCCCUAUGGAGAGAGGUUUUACGAUUCUAUGGUGGUCCACAUACAUCCGGCCGCCAUGUGCAAGAGGACACUGUUUUUACAGGCAAGAGGUUGCGACGUGGGGCGUCGCUCCUGGUAGCUACUUCGACGCUACAGAGAGACAAAGCCGUAUGGGGUGCCGAUGCGGACGAGUUUGUACCCAACCGGUUUCUGAGGAGCCCAUAUCUGGCCAAGGUGGCGAACUAUCGUCCAUUUGGUGGAGGUAUCUCGCACUGCUCUGGGCAACAUCUCGCGUUCGUCGAAAUGGCUAUGGUGGUGGCAUGCUUACUUGAUCGAUUUGACAUGCAGAUUGUGCCGGGUGUGGAAGAAACGGCGUUUCCUCAGCCGUUCAAGGCAGCGCCGCUACUGGGAAUCAUGCAUGUCAGGGAAGGGGAUGAUAAGUUGGUCAUGCUAGUUCCUAGGUUAACGGGGCGAUGA